UCAAUCUAGAUGUUUUUAGUCAGGCAAAAGUGGCAGCCCUGACUGUUGUAUUAUUGAUAGGGCUCCGAGAAACUCAGCAUGAGAGAGCAAUUCCGGCAAGGUACGCAUGUGUAGAAAACUUGUGUAGGAAAUCCGUUAAACAAUGAAGAUAAUAAUCUUCGCUAUCUUGAUUGUUGGAGUCUGCGGAUACAAAGAAAAAAACGAAGUUAAUCUCAAAGAUUUCUAUGCUACAUUCGAUCCUGAAAUAUUCAAGUACUGGGCAACGAAAUUUGAUUUCCCGAAAGAAAAAGGACUUGAUUUCGAAAACACUCCAGAAUGCAGAGAUUUCAAAGAUUUCCCCCACCGGAACGAUUCAUGUCCUGUGCCAAAAGGCAUCGGCUACAGCGGUGACUUGGUUUCUGAUUGCAAAGAAAUAAAAUGUAUUCAGAAAUCUUUCUACGGUUCAACAAAAUGCAGAAAAAAAGUUCGAUUAUUUAAGCCUUUUCCUCACGCCGCAGUUGAAUGCAAAAAAAUGGAAGAAAGCUGCAAAUUGUUCAAACCCCAUGAUGACAAAGAGUUGUACCCGAAACCUUCAAACGACGAGAAAUCAGGUUUGUAUCCGGAACCCGCAAAAGAUGGAAAACCACAUUUGUAUCCGGAACCCACGAAAGAUGAAGAAUCACAUCUGUAUCCCAAGCCAGAGAAAGACGAAGAUGAUGAAGAGAUCUCGUGUAAAUGCUACACUAUUUGGUGCUUCCGUGACAUACACACAAUUUACGAGGACGGCGGAAGGCUAUACAAAGGAAAUAUUGUUUUAAAGACGCCGUGUGGAUGCGAGUGCAGGAAACCAUACCAUUCUCCAUACUAUUGAAAAGGAUAACAUUUUCAAGGAAAU